AUGGCCAAGAAAGGUGGAAGUAAGAUCGAGGCCAUGCAGGAGGCCAAUGAGAAGCUACUGCACAAGCUUUGUGGUCAGGGCGACUUCCUUUGGAGCCGCCUGCGGUGCAUGAUCGUCCUCGAAGCUUUUGAAUGUGUGGCCAGCUGCGAAGGUUGCCUGCAGCUUGUUGCUGCUGGCCGUGAGAAGAAGGUGAAGACCUUUGCCGAUGUCUUAGCCAUCGAGCACAGCUUCCACGCAGAUCUGCAGGAGAACUGGAAGACCAACAUUGGCAUCCUAGUGCACAUCUUUGCCAACCUUCAGCAUGUGCUGAAGAAAGAGUGGUACUUCGAGGCUGCCGAUGUGUUGUGGAACGCAUUGAUCGAGGCAAAGGAGCUUCCUGAAGGUGAGUUCAUCGAUGUGGUGGCCGCUGCUGUGGGCGUCCGUGCCUACCACCGUGCCAGUGGCCGACCCAUGCCGAAGCUACCAGAACUGGCAGACAAUCAGCCUCCGCUCUUCAGCCGUGUGCGGGAGAUUUGCUCCAGUGGCCUUCAUUGGGAUGCAGAGAUUGCCUGGGGACCGCGCUUUGAGGGGAAGGACGUGAACCUGGACGUAUACAAGAAGUUGGGUCUGGAGAGGAACGAGACCAUGGCUGGCAUGAGCGCGGGUCAAAGCCCGAACAGCAAAUGGGAGCUGGCCUUGACUACGGCUUACACGUGGUUCCAUUGGAGCUUUGUCGCUUAUCCACCGAACUCCAAUAUCACGAAGAUUUCGGGUUGGAAUCAAAAGAUCUCCCGUGCUGACAUGGAAUCUGUGGCUUCGGCCUAUACCACUGGCAUCCAUUGUGUGUUCUGA